AGCUGUAGCCGCAGGUAAAAGCCAAACACUGGCGGACUCACGGCUAAACUUUUAUCGAUUUCUUUACCAGCGCAAAGGCGACGAAAAUGAGCUGAAGGCGGCCGUCCCGUCGAGAGGAUAUAGUCGAAGCUCUCCGGGUUUUUGCUGGUUCGUCCGGGAGUUUGUCAGCGGUGGGAGAUCCGUGUUUCUCUCCGGUGUUUGAAGCGCUAGCAAAGCGUUUGUCCCUCUCCGAAGACUUCCGCGGUUCGUUCGCCGGACAAAUCACUUGGGAUAGAAAAACAAAAAAAAAAAACAAAAACAAAAAACGAAGCGCAACCACGACCGUUUCCUCUUAUGCGGUCCCAGGCUGUGUGAGCCAUGCCUGGCCACAGCACAGGGGCCCCCCAGGGGUCCCGCCACCACACCAGCCACAACCCCAGCUCCAGGACGGACAAAUACCGUCAAUCGCGGUCUGCGUCCAAGGAGAGCGCCGCCAGCCAAGACUCCUAUAGGGACCCUCAUGGAGAUCAUCUGCGUGAGCACCACGUUGACCCCUCCCGAUACUCGGAGAACAAGUACAGCCGCAGCAGGGGCCACCCGAGAAAUGGCACGGCACGGGGCUCGGAGACGAUAGGAUUUAUCCCGGGGUCGGCGGACAACGCGCCCCCCAGCAGGCAUGCCUGUGGCUCCUGUGCCUCCAUGGGCUGGAGCGGCUGCAAGGCUGUGAUCUGCUGCGUCCUGACCUGUGGGUUUUACGGCAGCCGGGAGCCGUGUCUGCCUGUCAACGAGAGCUCCACAGAUCAUCCCCCUAAACCAAGUGAGCCUCACCCUCCUAAUGGCAUUGCAGUUUCCAACCCCACCUGUGGAGUCCCUUUGGAACCCAGCAAGACCCCCAAAGCCUCCAAGUUGCCCAUAAGUGAAAGCUUCCGCUACCACGACGUGCGCAUCGCCGGUCAGACUGUAAAGUAUCCAGUCGCCGCCCCUAAACGGACCCGUGCCCCGACUAAAGGGGAAAACCAGCGGCCAGUCAGCAACACCAGCUUGAUAUCGCGUGAGGAUUACGAGGACGACAGGAGCGAUACGGGCACGGACAUUGACUCCCUUAUCACCAAGAAGCUGCUGGAGCUGUACGCGCUGCAUCAGAUCGACCAGCUGGCCAAGUGCACCUCUGACUCGUCCUUCUCCCGCAAAACCAACGAGAUCAGCGAGCUGAUCUACAGCAUCGCUCAGGACUACAACCUGGAGGAGCAAGAGGCCGAGUGCAAGCUGGUGCACGGCGUCAUCCGCAUCAGCACGCGCAAGGGCAAGAGCAAAAACAAGGGCCACCAGUCAACAGGCCAGCGCCCGAACGGCAGGAGCGACGGGACUCUUCCUGACAGUGGCAACGAGACCAUGAGCAGCGACUUGCCGGAGGUGAAAGUGUCGGAGCAGACGCCCUCGGAUGAGCUGGCAAGGAAAAUGAGGCACUACAGCGGGAGAACGUAUUCCUCCAGCGCCACCACAGCCUAUUCGGCCUACCAUCGCGACACUGAGACGGACUCCUCGGGUGCUCCCCUGCUCUCUCUUUGAAUGACAACACAAAGAAGAACACCUGUCCUGACAGUGGAUGCAGCCAUUUCCCUGGAUGGUUUGAGCCUCUUGCUGUUAGCAGAGCGCCUCUCACCCUGGGUGGUUCUACAACUUAGUGAUCUGGCUCAAGUUUGCAGUACAAGACUUUUUUUUUUUUUUUUUUUUUUUUUUUUUUGUUUUGCGUAGCGAUGACAGUGUAAGUUUUUAUGAACUAACGCGGGUGUAAAGUGAUGGCCCUCACUAUAAAAGCAACAGUCCGGAGGUCGGAGGAUUGAGCGCGAUAGAAGAAAAGAACCGUCCUCAUUCUUGUCUUUGUUUUUGCAAGCCAUUGUGCACGAACAGUCUGUUUGUAUGAGUGCAUUGACUACUGCCACUUUUCUUCUCUCUUAAGAUGCAUGUUUUGACCUGGAAGCCUUAUUAAGCCAUAUGUUGUUGCUUUGUUUUGUUUUGUUUUUUUAAUUGUGGCGUUUUGCCACGUUUUUGUAUUAACCUUUUAGCACAGUUUUUAAUAAAAUAAAAAACCUCAAUGUGUCUUUCUUUUUUCAGUGUGUAGAUCUCUCGUUGAUGUCUUUUUUGCAACAUUAUUUUCUCACUUUGUUGACCCACACAAACUGACAAUGCAAACACUUUAGCACAUGUUCCCAGAUUAUCCAGGCUGAAUGUAAAUAGCUUAAUCAAAUUGAAAGGCUUUCUUUUUCUUGUACAUCAACAAGCAUUUCCCUUUGCAUACUUUCCUGUCUCUUUAGCCUACUUCUUUUUUAUCUUUCGGAUUAUUGUUGUCAAGCUCAUCUCCCCGAGGUCACUGUUGUGGCAGGCAGGCAGGCAGGCAGGCCGGCUUUUUUUCCACCCUCAGCAAAAGAACAAACUUGUUCGGCUGGUUCUGACAAAAAGGAAAUAAAAUCCCGGGGUUUGUCUUUUCAUUUAUUGAAAAGAGAAGAAGCCGUGCAGGGAAUCAGCCUCAUUACAGGAACCUGUCUUUUAAUCCUGCUUUGGAUCAUACUGAAGCUUUCUUUGUUUAUUUAAUCAUCCUGUGAAUUUAUGAAUUUUAAGAAUGAGUUGUUACGACCACCUCUGUAAAUGUAUGCCUUU